AUGCCUUAUUCACUUGUAGUAGACGAGCUUGGCAACUUUAGAGAUGGCAAGAAUAGAGUGGUCGUAUUAAGAGGUAUCAACCUAGAUGGAAGCUCGAAAUUGCCAGCCAAGCCACCAUUGACGACCUAUACUCCUGUUGAUGAGACUAACCCGAAUGACCCGUUCUGGGAUGGUGACAAUGUAUCAUUUAUCGGACGUCCUUUAGACUUGGAAGAAGCUCCUGAACAUUUGGAACGUAUUCGGUCCUGGGGAUAUAAUACUAUACGAUAUCUGUAUUCUUGGGAAGCUAUUGAACAUAGUGGUCCUGGCAUCUAUGACGACGAUUUUAUUGACUAUUCUAUCAAAGUGUUGAAAUUGCUGAAAUCAUAUGGCUUUUAUAUCAUUCUUGACCCUCAUCAAGACGUUUGGGGUCGUUAUUCUGGCGGUUCAGGUGCUCCAUUAUGGACCUAUUAUCUGGUUGGCAUGGAUCCCAAGACAUUUACUGUCACUAAUGCCGCAUUUGUUCAGAAUUUGUUUCCAAAGGAAGAAGGAGGUCCUGAGAACUUUCCCAAAAUGUUCUGGGCUACUAACUAUUACCGUUUUGUAUGUCAGGUAAUGUUUACAUUGUUUUUCGCAGGUCGCCACUUUGCACCAAAUGCCAUUGUAAACGGCAAGAACAUCCAGGAUUAUUUACAGGAUAGUUUGUUGGAUGCAAUGAUAUAUUUCUACAAACAAAUUGAAGAGAAAGCAGGUGAACUCUAUGAGAUCGAUGAAGUAAAUGGUGGAGGAGGAAUUUUAGGCUCGGAAACACUUAAUGAGCCCAACCCAGGUUUGGCUGGGUUUAAAGACAUAGGAGUUGUGCCUAAAACGCAAAAUUUGAAAUUGGGGACUACUCCUACUGCUUUUCAAUCGAUGUUACUAGCUUCAGGACAUGCUGUGACUGUUGAGAACUAUGAAUUUGGAAGUUUAGGACCCAAACGUGUGGGUACCAAAUCUGUGGAUCCCAAGGGUGUCAGUGUAUGGUGCACAGAUAACAAGUAUGAUUUGAAGUAUGGAUGGGAAAGAUCCAGUACUUGGAAACUUGGUGAAUGUAUAUGGGCACAACAUGGAGUGUGGGAUCCUCAAUCUUUGAAGCUUCUAAAGCCAGAAUACUUUGCAUUUGACCAUCAAGGUAAAGAAAUCGAUGAUGACCAGUUUGUCAAUAUUUAUUUCGUUGAGUACUGGACAAGCUUCUACAGAGCUCAUAGACAGCACCUACCACCGCAGCUGUACUUGAUGUGUCAACCACCAGUUCUAGCACUUCCACCCAACUUAAAGGGAACAGAUCUUAUUGACAACCGAGUAGUGUAUGCACCACACUUUUACGACGGCAUUACGUUGAUGCUUAAACGAUGGAGCAGAGUAUGGAAUGUAGAUACUUUGGGAUAUAUUCGUGGUAAGUAUUCAAGUCCUAUAUUUGCAAUCAAGCUUGGAGAAUCCAACAUCCGGAAGUGUCUACAGGAGCAGUUCUCAGAGAUUAAAGCAGAAGGACGUGAAUAUAUGGGUAGUAUAGCCAGUUUCAUGACCGAAACAGGGAUUCCAUUUGACAUGGAUAAUCGCAAGGCUUAUUCCGACGGUGACUACAGUUCGCAGAUUGCUGCUCUUGAUACCACUAGCUCAGCAGUUGAAGCGUCCAACUUCAACGUGGCAUUUUGGGGAUAUACGACACUGAACAAACAUGAACGAGGUGAUUUCUGGAAUGGAGAAGAUUUCAGUUUCUGGAGUAGUGACUCGAAUGGACCGAAACCAGAGUCUAAGAAAGUGGCCUUGAAUGAUGAGCAUGAUUCUGACAGUUCUGUUUUGACGCGAGUACGUACUGAAGUUUCCAACCAAGCCAGUGUUGAAACCCUUGGACCACGUAAGAAACGUAGCACCAGUGGUGUUCGAGCCGUCGCGGCCAUUCUUCGACCGUUCCCCUUGUCGAUUGUAGGAACCAUACACUCGUACUCGUUUGACCUCCAGAAAUCUACCUUCAGACUGACAAUCAAUGCGGAGCGGGCUCCACAGAAAGAAACUCCCACCGAAAUAUACGUACCAGAAUACCACUUUUCGGCAGAAGACAUGGCAGUUGAAGUAACAAGUGGCCGUUGGGUCUACGACUUGGACACACAGGUCCUCUCGUGGUGGCAUGCCGAGACAGACAAACAAACAAUCCAGAUCCAAUCUAGCGAAGACAUUGCCUCGUCCAGUGGAUGUUCCUGCUGUAUCAUGUAA